AUUAGGAAGCAUUUCCGGGGCUCGCAUGAACAUUUCCGGUAAAUGAAAACAGAUCUGCAGCGCAAACACGCUUACAGAAUUUUUUUUAACCGUGUCUUUAUUCUACUAUUUAAAGGCAACCUCUCCAAUUCAAGCAUUAUUAACAUACUGACAUGGCCGAGCCAUGCAGCCCGGUGUCUGCAACUGUACCCCACAAUCCGAUCUCGAUUCCCACUCCCGAGGGCUCGACUCUAGAGAUGGACCCGAUGGAGUACACGCUCCGCAAGCGUCUGCCCCGCAAACUACCCAAACGACGGAACGACGUCUAUAUCAAUAUGAAAACAGACUUCAAGGCCCAGCUGGCGAGGUGUCAGAAGCUUUUGGACGCCCAUAGGGAAAUCUGUAUUCACGGUCUGGGACUGGCUAUAAACCGGGCCAUCAACAUAGCCCUGCAGCUUCAGACGUCCAGUCAGGGUGCGCUGCAGCUGUCGGCCAACACUUCCACCGUAGAGUUGAUCGACGAUCUAGAUCCAGAGGAUCCGGAUGAGGCGGGAGAGCCGCUUACACGCACCCGCAACAACUCCGCAAUCCACAUCAAAGUGUUUUAUCCAAGUUAAUAAGGCCAGCAUAAUUUUCAACAAAAUAACUGGAACAGACACUUUGUUAACAUUCAUUGAACGUUAAUGCCGUUUAUUAGUCUUGUUUAAUGCAUGUAUGUUGAUAUUAUUUAGGUUCUUGUUCAGAGGGCUUUUUAUGUACAGAGAAAUGGAAAAUGUGCCAUACAUAUAGCCAUAAAGUUUGUAUAUUUAUGUUUAUUUUCCUUAUAUGUGCUUGUAAAGCAAUUAUCAAAAUACAAAUUAAAGGAUAUAUCUUCAUUUUAUUUAG